UUACAUAUUUUUAGAAAUUUUGUUUUUAUAUUUAUACUUUUUAAUCAUAUUCGUAUUUUUUUUGUAAUUACAUUUGGGUAAAAAUAUUUUGUUUAAAUGAAUAGUAAGGGAUUUUGAUAAUUAUAUUGAAUUUGUGAUGUUGUAUAACUAUACACUUGUGACGUAGCCAUAACUACAUUAGUUGAAAGGAUGGGUAUAUUUAUGUUUUAAUUUUUUUACUAAUUCAAGAAUUUUAAUUAUUAUAUAUAUAUAUAUUAUUUUUUUGAUAUUAAUUAAAUUUAAUAUAAUUUUUGCAAACUAUAUGUCAAGUUUCAUAUAAAUUAUACACUUAUGUGAUAAGCAUUUCACAAAUUAGUUAUAAACUUUAUUUGUAAAGCUUGCAACAUAUUAUUGUUUCUUUAGUAUUAUCCUAAUUAUAACACUUAUAACUGAGACGAGUGAGUUACAUUGAUCAAUUUUUUAAUAGCUUAAAGAAUCAUUACUUGGUACAUCAGUUCAUUGGCUAUCCACUUCCAAUACCUGUAAUGAAACCCAGCAAAAGAAGAGGAAAACCCUCAAUCAAACUCUGCCCAUGAAACAGAAGAUUAUAUCAAGUUAUUGCAAGCUUUAAACUGUGAUAUAUCCAGAUUCAAUGUUACAGUAAGCGGUGAAAAAAGCAUAAAGGCCAAGAGAAAAGUGAGAAAAUGAAGUAAGCUCUAAACAUGUUCAACUAUGAGAGGUUUUAUGGUUAUUUUCUUUUUAGGUAAGAUUUGGGCAAAUUCAUCAACUGGCAUAGACUCCAACAAUGCAUGAGGACCAAGCCUGAUAUUGGACGCACAAAAACCAACAAUAGAAAACCUUAAUUAAAAACAAUCACCACUAAGCUUAGUGACGAAAACCAAGAUACAGUCGAUACAUUUAUAUUAUACAUUUUCUAAACUCCAAACUUUGACAAAUCUCAGUAAAUGUAAGCUCGAAAUCAUCAUCAAGAUGUAAUCCAAAAUUAGAAUACAACAUGACAGAAGCAAGUAGCUAGUGCACAUAUCUUUGUGUAUGUAUUCAAUUAAAAACAAAGACCGAGAAAUUUCUCAAACCUCGACUCAGAACUUAGAUGCCCCCUCCUCAGAUUCCUUUACAGCAGACCUGUAUAAAAAUGUCAAUAUUCUUCUAUUAAUAAUAAAAGCUACACUUUUUCAAUGUUCCCCUACAGAACUAUAUUUGAAACCUUCACCUUUUGUAUUUAGUGACUGAGAUGCCUUUGAUAUAGAUAUCACCAGCUAUACCUGUAUAACCCAUCAAUAAAAAUCAAAUAGUUGUUUGUAAGAAAAAAUAAAGCCUAGCACUUUCACUCGUUCCCGUCAAAUUCAAAUAUUUCGACACUUGAAAGAUAAAAAGUACUAUAUUUUGAUGAAUGUUCAAGAUGAGAAGAUACAAAGUAAUACCCUAAAAUAGUUUAAUACCGAAUUGGAAAUAAGGAAACGGCGGAUAAGGGCAGGUGUUUUUGGGGAAUCGAGUUCGGGAAAUUGGACGGUUAAAUACUGUCGAUCAAUUAGUUGUUGUUGGCGAUGAAGAAGUCGAUGUCUCUUUCUCUGAAAAUUCUCCUCCAUUAGUCUCUUGAUAGAGAAAGAUAAAAGUUACUUUCAGAAUAUAGAUGAGGAUUAUGGAUUCCGAGAUUUUAGGAAGUAAUGGGUAGGUUAUAAUAUACCAAAAAUGCCGUAAUAGGUAAAGAUAUAUGUAGCAAAAUGGCAGUUAGUAUAUUUAAAAUAGGUCCAAUGGCAAAAUAAGUAAUAUUCCAAGUAGUUAUAGGGGUAAAAGAUAAGAGUGAUCCUGUUUUAAUAAUAUUGAUGUUCUGUUUCUCAUAUAACAAAGUCUCCGUGAAUAGUGGACUAAUCUCUGUCAUUCUUCUAUUUGCUCUAGCAGACAAACAGAUAGAAACAGCUGCUUCUGUAGUUUUUUUCCGUUAUUCUGUUAUGCCCUUUGAAUGUCUUAAAAUAGAAAAAGAGAAAUUAACCUCCUCUCAUCCCUAAAUUUUCUUAUACCCAAUCUCUCUCCUCUCUCUCUUAUCAUUUCUAUUGAUCAAAGUGUUUCCUUUGAUUCUUUAAUUCCAAAUCAUUUUCUUCAAAAGCACAUCAAACGCUCCAACCUUUUGUGUUCCCUGUGGAGCUUUGUUGUUGUUAUGGGCUGCAGUUGCUCCAAAGGAGCACGAGCAAAUGAUACCAUCAUCGACGAGAACAUCAGCAAUGUCAAGGAGAGAAGAAGCACGCCUUAUAGUAAACCCUCCAAGAAGAGGAAAAACUCUGCUUCUUCCAGAAUAGCCAAUGUAGGAUCAUCUUCGGACGGUUUUAUCAACGACAUGGAUACCACAUUGGCGGUUUUGAUACCAAGUGAUGCCACAAACUCAACUCCCAUGUCAUCUGGUGAGGUCUCAAAGGUGCACCUCGAGAGAAAAUCUUCCAGGUCUGUGUUCCAGAGACGGCCCAACAAUGAGACCAAUAAACUUGGACCACCGCAGCAACCUAAGAUGACUAGGAUAACCAGCGUUAGUAACGGAGAAAGAGGAGCUCAGGUUGUGGCUGGUUGGCCUUCUUGGUUAGCUUCAGUUGCUGGUGAAGCUAUCAAUGGAUGGAUCCCACGCAAGGCUGAUUCCUUCGAAAAGUUAGAAAAGAUUGGGCAAGGGACGUAUAGCAGUGUGUACAAAGCCAGGGACCUAGAGACGAGCCAGAUAGUUGCACUGAAGAAAGUGCGGUUUGCUAAUAUGGAUCCAGACAGUGUUCGGUUCAUGGCGAGAGAGAUAAUCAUCCUACGAAGGCUUGACCAUCCUAAUGUUAUGAAGCUUGAGGGUUUGAUCACUUCUAGGGUAUCAGGAAGUAUGUAUCUUAUAUUUGAAUACAUGGAACAUGAUCUCGCAGGCCUUGCUUCAACCCCUGGUGUUAAGUUCUCUGAGGCACAGAUUAAAUGCUAUAUGAAACAGUUGCUUCAUGGUCUAGAACACUGUCAUAGCCGAGGCGUAUUGCACCGUGACAUCAAGGGCUCUAACCUGCUGCUUGACCAUAACAACAAUCUCAAAAUUGGAGACUUCGGUCUUGCUAACUUCUACGGUGACCACCAGAAGCAGCCUCUUACUAGCCGUGUUGUUACUCUGUGGUACCGUCCACCUGAACUUUUAUUCGGGUCAACGGACUAUGGCGUUGCUGUUGAUAUGUGGAGCACAGGAUGCAUUCUAGCCGAACUCUUUAAUGGGAAGGCUAUCAUGCCGGGAAGAACAGAGGUAGAACAGCUACACAAGAUCUUUAAACUCUGUGGUUCACCUUCUGAAGAGUAUUGGAAAGGAUCGAAACUCCCACAUGCCACCAUCUUUAAACCUCAGCAGCCUUACAAAAGGUGUGUAGCUGAGACGGUUAAGAGUCUUCCAUCUUCGGCUUUGGAGUUAGUGGAAGUUCUUCUAGCUGUUGAACCAGAUGCCCGUGGAACCACAGCUCAUGCCCUCGAAAGCGAGUUUUUUACGACAAAACCUUUUGCAAGUGACCCAUCAAGUUUACCAAAGUACCAACCGAGAAAGGAACUUGAUGUGAAGCUUCAAAAAGAGGAAGCAAGACGAAAGAAAGGCACAAUCAGUAAAGAGAAUGAGUUGAAACAAGUAGCUAAAGAAUCUAAAGCUGUGCCAGCUCCAGAUGCCAACGCCGAGUUACUAGCAUCAAUACAAGUACGUAAGGUUCUAGCAUAAUAGACAAUGUAUUUUUUCUUUCAAAUUUUAUUAUAAAUUAUUUUUCAAACAAAACAAACAUUCAAAAGUUUAAAACCCACCUUUUUUUUACCUUCUUCUUUAAAAUGUUUAUAUUCAUGUAAUGUUAACCUUUGGUUUUAUUUUCUUGUUUAAAAAGAAAUGUCAAGGGCAGAAUAAUCAGACAAGCAUUGGUGAGAAGUUCAAUCCUAAUGACGAUGCAGCACUGAAGAGUGUUGUGAUGAGGGGUUCGAGUCGUUCUCCUCCUCCUAGAAAAGAGCUGAGGAUGCAACGCUCAUUUGUUCAACGUGGAUCAGCCCAGUUGACAAAAUUCUCAAACUCGGUAGCUGCUAGAGAUGCAUCACAUUUCGCUAUAGCAAAUCCACGGUGGUUUGAAGAUAAGUACAAUAACAAAAAGGCAAAGCAAAAGGAUGGUGAUGAUUGUACAAAAGACAAAGAAUCCACGGGUAAGAAGAACAGCUUGACACCAUUAACUGUCUUUGUUAUGUGGUGAAACUCUUUUGUAGGCUAAUCACAUUUUUAUUUGCAAUGUGUUAGGGUGAAGUGAACAAAAUAAAGAGAAUGAACAUCUCAAGAGCAUUAGUUUCUGCAGGAGGAAACUUAGAUGUAAUGUUGAAAGAAGAUGAAAGACAGAUUCAGUUAGCUGCUUGAGUGGAUAAGAAAACUAAUGUGACAGUACAGACUCGAGCGUCUCUUGCUGCAAAUGGCAGGUGAGAGAUACAGACAAGAAUCUUUUGGGAUUUAAUCAGAAGAAGGA